CGCGGCUCCCGGCAGCCUCCGUGGCUGCUUCCGGAGACGUGUCUGCGGGGGCAAUGGCGGUCGCGGGCCCCGCCGGGCAGGCCGCGGAUGCGGACGAGCUCUUCGACGUGAAGAACAGCUUCUACAUCGGCGCCUACCAGGCCGCCAUCAACGAGGCGCAGCGCGUCAAGGCGUCCAGCCCGGAGAAGGAAGUGGAGAGGGAUGUGUUCUUGUUCCGAGCCUACAUUGCCCAGAGGAAAUAUGGUGUUGUCCUGGAUGAAAUUAAAGCCAGUGCUAGUCCUGAGCUCCAGGCAGUGAGGAUGUUUGCAGAGUAUCUUUCAAACGAGAGUCAGAGGGAUGCAAUUGUUGCUGAUCUGGACAAGAAAAUGGCAAAAAGCGUUGAUGUGGCCAACACCACUUUCUUGCUGAUGGCUGCUUCCAUCUAUUUCCAUGACAAAAACCCGGACGCGGCUCUGCGCACUCUGCACCAAGGGGAGAGCCUGGAGUGCAUGGCCAUGAUGAUACAGAUUCUUCUGAAGCUUGACAGGCUUGAUCUGGCUCGCAAGGAACUUAAAAAGAUGCAGGAGCAAGAUGAGGAUGCAACUCUGACUCAGCUGGCAACUGCCUGGGUGAACCUGGCCAUCGGUGGUGAGAAGUUACAAGAUGCUUAUUACAUCUUCCAAGAGAUGGCAGACAAAUGCUCCUCCACCCUGCUGCUGCUUAACGGGCAAGCAGCCUGCUACAUGGCCCAGGGCAAGUGGGACGAUGCGGAGGGAGUGCUUCAGGAGGCUCUGGACAAGGACAGUGGCCAUCCUGAGACCCUGAUCAACUUUGUGGUCCUGUCGCAGCACUUGGGCAAACCCCCGGAGGUGAGACCUGAGAACGACUUUGACCGGCUGGCUGUGCAGUACGCCCCCAGCGCCUGA